CUUUUUUUUUUUUUUUUUUCCCUCUCUUACUCCUUCCUUGUUACCUAUCAACCAUUCCUGUCAUCCUUUUUUAGAUAUGACUGAAGAAGAUCACCAAGUCAAGGUUGAUCAACAACCUGAAUCUACUGUCAACACUACCGAAGAAGUACCUGUUGAAGAAGCCUACCAACUAACUGUCAAGUUACCUGGUGGCAAACUUCCUGAAAUCAAGAUAUUGGCAAGUCCUCGGGAAGCCAUUCAUGAUAUCAAGCAAUCUAUUAUGGAAUCACCUGAAACGUGUGCUCAUUCUUGUUUCUACUUAUCCUUCAAUGGCAAACGUAUUAAUGACUUUAUGGAACUUGGUGAAGUAGAAGGCAUUACUACUGAAAGUGAACUUCAUUUGGUGGAAGAUACUUAUACUGAACGUGAUGUUCGUCUUCAUAUUACUCGUCUUCGUGAUCUUUUGGGUGGUCCUUACAAACAGAAUCCUUCUUCUAUUGGUAUUGAUCCUUCUCUCUCCUUUUUGACAGCUGUCACUGGUGAAAUUGAUGAAGAAAUUACUGCCGAAAGUGAAAAGAAAAUGGAAGAUAUUUUCUCGGAUGAACCUAUUCCAGAACAUGCCUUUACCAAUGUAGAUGUGGAUGCUCCAUCAAAACUAUCAGAAUUCGUCCCCAAGUCCUUUCAAAGAACAGCUCCUCAAUGUCUCAAGAGUCUUUCUUUGUCUGGUUGGAAUCCUGUUACACAUUCUCGUCGUCUUGCUGGUGAUUUGCUAUAUUUGAAUGUGGUUACCUUAGAAAACGAGACUUUAUGCAUUACUGCUGCAACUACUGGAUUCUUUGUCAACAGUUCAACCGCUACUGAAUUCAAUCCUCGUCCUCGUAGUGGUAAACGUGCUCACUCUUUGAUUCGUCUCUUACAAACACUCUCGCCUCAAUUUGCAAACAACUUUGCUAAGGUCCAAGAUUUUAUUACGCAACAUCAUAUGCUUGAAGUUUUACCUGUCAAUACAUACUUCCCUCAUCAUCCUUGGGCUGUCCAAUCUACCGAACCUACUUUUGAUCUUGCACGACCUGCUGAACCUUAUCUCAAUUAUGGCCCUGACGCUGUAGAUUCUUUACGCGACUGGAACGAUGAAUUACAAUCCCACCGUGAAUUACCCAAAUCCAACCUUCAAGAACGUGUCUUGCGUGAACGUCUUAUCACCAAGGUACAAUCUGAAUUUACUGAAGCUGCUGUACGUGGUGCAAUUGCCGUAGUGAAUGGAUCGGUUAUUCCUUUGAAUCCUUUGGAACCUGAAGAAUCCCAUAUGUACGUCUACAACAACAUCUUUUUCAGCAAAGGCAAUGAUGGUCGUGGUACUUUUGAAACCCUAGGUGCUGAUGAAGCUGCUCAUGUGGCCACUGGCAAGGAUUUAGAAGGUGUCAAGAUUUUGAAUAGUAUUGAUAUGGAUGGUCUUUAUACUUUGGGUAGCGUUAUUGUGGAUUACAAAGGGAUUCGUGUGGUAGCUCAAAGCAUUGUGCCUGGUAUUUUCCGUCGUCAAGAUGAAAAUUCCAUUGUGUAUGGUUCUGUGGAUAAUGGUACUACUAUUACAGCUGACAAGACAUUCCAUGAAGCUAUCGAACAAAAUGUUGCCAAGCCUCUUCAUUUAUCCCAACAUUCUCUGGUGGAUGGUCAAGGUGAAUCGACAAAUCUUUAUACUUCUUUGGAAACCAAAGGUCUUUUGGGUGCUGAUGGCCGUCGUUAUCUUCUUGAUUUAUACCGUUUGAAUCCUGUCGAUAUUGAAUUCCAAGAUGCUGAAUGUGUUGCUACUAAACACAAGCCUGCCUAUCCUCAUAAGAUGACCUUACUUCGACCGGAAUUGAUGAGUAUGUACUGGGAACAUAUGUUUAGACAAUGGUACAAGGCCAAAGUAGAUGCUAUUCGAAAGGAACGUGCUGAUGCUAUUGGUGCUGUGGAACAAGAAGAGAAGAAGGAUGAAUCAUUGGAACAACAACAACAACAACAAAACGGUGUGGACAAGACUCAACAACAAGAAGAAGAGCAAGAAGAAGAUUUCAAGAUUGAUGUCAAUGAAUUCCAACUUGCAUUCAACCCUGAUGUUUUUACUACUGCUAAACAAAAGGAAGAUGAUCAUAUCAAGGAACAAGAAAAGGUCAUCCGAGAUGCAUCCAAGUUUUUGAAUGAUGAAAUCAUCCCUACAUUGGUGUUGGACUUUGCUUCUUAUGCUAUUUCUCCUUUGGAUGGUGAUGCUUUAACAAAAGCUAUGCAUCGUCGUGGUAUCAACAUGCGUUAUUUGGGCAAGCUGGCUAACUUGGUAUCUCUUAGUGAAGAUAAGCGUAUUCAUCAUAUUCAUUCAUUAGCUGUUCAAGAAAUGAUCGUCCGUGUCAACAAGAAAUUAUUACGCAAGUAUCUGGCUACCUUGGAUUUGGAAGAAUCCCGCCUCUGUUUGUCCCAUUAUUUGAACUGUUUAUUGGGUGAAGCUGUCAAUGCCAAACCUGCUCCUGUACUACCUGCUGGCAAGACCAAAAAUGAUUAUAGUUGGGCACAUUUGACACCUUCAUCUCUUCAAAGACUUUUGAAAGAACAAGUGUUACUUUGGUUCCGUUAUUCCUUGACUGAUGACGAUUGGACUCAGCGUAAAUCUAUUCCUAUCUUACGUGAAACUUGUCUUCGUGUUGGAAUCCAAUUGGAAGCUCGUGAUUAUCGAUUCCAUCCAUAUACUCCUGAAGAAGUGGCUGCCAACGCUGCUGCUGAUGCUCAAUUGGAAACAUUAUUGUCUCGUCAACAACAACAAAAGAGCUCUCGCAAGACAAAGAAGCAUCAACAAGCUGUCGACUCUUUAUUGAUGACUCCUCGUCGAAAGACUACCUUUGUUCCUGAUGAUAUUUUGAAUAUCAUGCCUACUGUCAAACAAGCAUCAUCAAGGAGUUUAUUUGCUGAAGAAACUUUUGAAGCUGGAAAAAUGAGUUUGGCACAAGGACAUCGUCAACUUGGUUUGGAAUUGUUAUUGGAAUCUUUAACCUUACAUGAACAGACAUAUGGUUUCUUACAUCCAGAAACAAGCAAGUGUUAUGCUACUUUGGCUAUGAUUUAUCAUCAUGGAGAAGAUCGUGAAGCUGCUUUGGAUUUACAACGAAAAGCUGUCAUUGCUGCUGAACGUACAUUGGGCGUGGAUCAUCCUGAAACUGUCCAUCAUUAUUUGAAUCUCGGUUUGUUCGAACAUGCCGCUGGACGUUCCAAAUUGGCAUUACGUUACUUGCGUCAUGCAUUGUACUAUUGGGAUCUCUUGUUUGGUACUGGUCACCCUGAUUCAGCUACUGCCGACAAUAAUGCUGGUGUGAUGCUUCAAUCUCUACGUGAUUACAAGACAAGUACCAAGUUCUUUGAACGAGCUUGUGCUACUCAAGAAUAUAUCUUUGGAAAAGAACAUGUGUUGACUGCAUCUGGUUAUCACGUUCUUGCAAAAUCAUAUACUCUUUUGGGUGAUUUCAGUCAAGCAUUAUCAGCUGAACGUCUUGCUUAUGGUGUAUUUGAAGCAAAGCUCGGAAAGGAUGAUUAUCGUACAAAGGAAAGUGAUGCCUGGUUGAAGGAACUAACCUCUAAUGCAUUAUUGACGGCUCAACGUUCGCGUGAAUUACAACAACAGCAACAACAAGAACAACAAGAAAAAUCAUUGUCAUCAGAUCCAUCCAAACAAUCCAACAAAACUUCUCAAGUGGCCAAGGGCGAAUUACCGAUUGAUCAAGUGCUUCAAUACAUCAACAACGGAUCAUCAGGCUCAUCUUCCCGCAAAUCAAGCAAAAAAUCAAAUCAAAAGCGUCGUUAGUUAGAUCUCAUUCUCUUUCCCAUAUAUAUAUAUUUUAUUGUAUACAUAUUUAGUAGUGUUUUUUUUAUUGUUGUUGGUGAUUUGUAUAUCGGUUGGAUUGGUUUAUAGAUAGAAAAAAAAAAAAAGAAACACAUAUAUAUUUAGGUAUUCCUUAAAAAAAAGAUUACACAAUAAAAUGAAAAAGGUGGAUUUACA